CUCCACGUUGUUUCGCGUAGUGGUCAAUAUUAACUAGAAAACCGCACAAAACUGCAAAUGGGGCGCAAAUUCAUAAAGAAAAAGAAGGUUGAGCAGCUGGAGAUAGUGCCACUGGAUGAGAAUCCACCUCUACCCAGCCAAAGACCAUCUGAUGAGGUGGUUCCGAAGAAGGAAAAAUGGAUAAAUAAACAACGAGUCCUGGUGUUCGCGGCUCGUGGUAUUAGCCAUCGUGACAGACAUCUGAUGCGUGACAUUAAAACUCUAAUGCCCCAUCAUCGACCCGAGUCGAAAAUGGAGCGAUCAAAGACGCUGGCGGUUGUUAAUGAAAUGUGUGAAAUGAAGCACUGUAACAAGGCCAUGUUGUUUGAGGGACGUCGAAAACGGGAUUUAUAUAUGUGGCUGGCUAACACAGCGGGAGCCACAGGGCCGUCAGCCAAAUUUCUCAUUGAAAAUAUUCACACAAUGGCCGAGCUGAAACUAACAGGCAAUUGUUUAAGAGGCUCUCGGCCACUGCUGUCUUUUGAUGCCAAGUUCGACGAGGUGCCCCACUUAAAACUUCUUAAGGAAUUGUUUGUGCAAACAUUUUCAGUGCCCAAUCAUCAUCCGAAGAGUCAGCCCUUUAUUGAUCAUGUCUACACAUUUACCUAUCUGGAUAAUCGCAUUUGGUUUAGGAAUUUCCAAAUACUAUCCGAAGACGGUGGUCUCUCGGAGGUGGGUCCACGCUAUGUAAUGAAUCCCGUGAAGAUAUUCGAUGGCUCGUUUACCGGCAAAGCCAUCUGGGAGAAUCCCGAUUAUGUGAGUCCUUCCAAACAGCGACAAAUGUUAAAGAAAGCAGCUAAGGACAGAUAUGUAAAUCGUGUGGAGCAAAAGGUGCAGCAGGAAGCGACGCGACCAGUCAAGGCUUAUGAGGGCAUUGACAAUGAGGAGCUGUUCGACGAUGCGGAUCCACUAGAGACAGCCAAGUUGCUGGCACUUAAGGCCAAAAAGCAACUGGAGCAGAAGAAAACUCCUAAAUCGGCGUUGACCAAGAAAAUUAAGGACAAGCAAAUGGAGGCCGUUAAGCAGGUGAUCGAACAGCGUAAAGCAAGGGUCAAACGAGAGAAAAAAGUUUAAAAAUGUUUUAUUUCGCGUUACAUUUACGAAUAAAUACAUACAUAUAUAAAAAAACUGAAUACAUUUAAUAAAUACGUUUACAAUAUUGUGCCUCAGUUACUUUCGUUCAC